AUGAUGUGCCUCAGCUCCUCUCUCCUGCCGCGCCCGUCUCCCGCUGCUGACCGGGCGCCUCCCGGGAUCAUCGCGGGCGGCGGUGGCAAGCGACUGAGCGUGGUGCCGUCCGUCCCGUUUCUGCUCUACUGGUCGUGGCCACGGAAGGCCAAGAGCAAGUCUUCUGUUUCUGUGACUGCACGAGGAAACAAAAUCGCGGCAACAACUGGAUAUGGUUCUGAUCACCUUCCCAUGUACGAUCUGGAACCAAAGUUGGCUGAAUUCAAAGACCACUUCAACUAUACGAUGAAAAGGUACCUUGAACAGAAACUUCUGAUUGAGAAACAUGAGGGAGGCCUAGAGGAAUUCUCUAAAGGCUAUUUGAAGUUUGGGAUCAACACAGAGCAUGAUGCAUCCGUGUAUAGGGAAUGGGCUCCUGCAGCAGAAGAAGCACAACUUGUUGGUGACUUCAACAACUGGAAUGGUUCUGGGCACAAGAUGACAAAGGAUAAUUUUGGCGUUUGGUCAAUCAGGAUUUCCAAUGUCAAUGGGAAACCUGCCAUCCCUCACAAUUCCAAGGUUAAAUUUCGAUUUAGGCACGAUGGAGUAUGGGUUGAACGGAUUCCAGCAUGGAUUCGUUAUGCAACUGUUACUGCCUCUAAAUCUGGAGCUCCAUACGAUGGUGUUCACUGGGAUCCACCAACUACCGAAAGGUAUGUAUUCAACCAUCCUCGACCUCCAAAGCCUGAUGUUCCACGUAUCUAUGAGGCUCAUGUGGGGGUGAGUGGUCGAAAGCUUGAAGUAGGCACAUACAGGGAAUUUGCAGACAAUGUGUUACCGCGCUUAAGGGCAACUAACUACAACACAGUUCAGUUGAUGGGAAUCAUGGAACAUUCUGACGCUGCUUCUUUUGGGUAUUACGUGACGAAUUUCUUCGCAGUUAGCAGCAGAUCAGGCACACCAGAGGACCUCAAAUAUCUUAUUGACAAGGCACAUAGUCUUGGAUUGUGUGUUCUGAUGGAUGUUGUCCACAGCCAUGCGAGCAAUAAUGUGAUAGACGGUCUCAAUGGCUAUGAUGUUGGACAAAGUGCACACGAAUCCUAUUUCUACACAGGAGACAAGGGCUAUAAUGAGAUGUGGAAUGGCCGCAUGUUCAACUAUGCCAAUUGGGAGGUCCUAAGAUUCCUUCUUUCCAAUUUGAGAUAUUGGAUGGACGAAUUCAUGUUUGAUGGCUUCCGAUUUGUUGGGGUUACAUCGAUGCUAUAUAAUCACAAUGGUAUCAAUAUGUCAUUCACUGGAAAUUACAAAGAGUAUUUUGGUUUGGAUACCAAUGUAGAUGCAGUUGUUUAUAUGAUGCUCGUGAACCAUUUAAUGCACAAACUCUACCCAGAAGCAAUUGUUGUGGCAGUAGAUGUUUCAGGCAUGCCAGUUCUUUGUUGGCCAGUUGAUGAAGGUGGAUUAGGGUUUGACUAUCGCCAGGCUAUGACUAUUCCCGAUAGAUGGAUUGACUGCUUGGAGAACAAAGGUGAUCAACAAUGGUCAAUGAGUAGUGUAAUAUCACAAACAUUGACUAACAAGCGAUAUCCGGAAAAGUUCAUUGCAUAUGCUGAGAGGCAAAAUCAUCCUACUAUUGGCGUCAAGACUAUGGCCUUUCUCUUAAUGGAAUGGGAAAUGUAUUCCGGCAUGUCGGACAUGGAUCAUGAUUCGCCUACAAUUGAUCGUGGCAUUGCACUUCAAAAGAUGAUUCACUUCAUCACGAUGGCCUUUGGAGGUGAUAGCUACUUCAAAUAUAUGGCUAAUGAGUACAUUAAUGCAUUUGAUCAAGCAACGAACACACUCGACGAGAAAUGUUCCUUCCUAUCAUCAUCAAAGCAGACUGCCAGCGACAUGAAUGAGGAAGAAAAGGUAUUUAACUAUACAAUCUUCAGUGAAGGCUCAGACCCACUUAACAAAUGUCGCUUCGAACCUUCGCUUCCCAUGUCCUCAGCACCUACCCUUCUAGGUCUCUCAAAUUCGAGUCCUUUCUCUAAGCCUUUCAUUGGAUUCCCUGGAUGUCUAUUUUCUUGCAUUUUAUUCAAGUGA